AAAGUAGUCAGAGAGUGGAAUCAUUGCUCUCACAAGGAACAAUUUCUCUAGGAAAUGGAAAGCUUAAGCAAGCUCUCGACCUAUAUUCCGAGGCCGUAGAGGCUGACCCGAAUAAUUAUAUGGCGCGCUAUAGAAGAGCGACUGCUUAUAUUGCAAUGGGGAAGCUAAGAUCUGCUUUACCCGAUAUUGACAAAACUGUCUUACUUAAUCCUGGCUACGUUCUGGUAGCCUACAAGCAGAGGGCAAAAAUUAAUCUUAAACUUGGUAAAUUGAAAGAGGCUCGGGCAGACUUAUUGAUAUUGAAGUCUGACGAUGACGAUACGCAAAAGAUUUUGAAUGAUAUUAGCAAUAUGGAGGCAAAUAUUGAGCAGGCAAAGUCUUUGUACUCAAAAGGACGUUAUUCUGAGGCACUUCCUUUAUUGGAUUAUUUAAUGAAAACGAUCACAUCUAGCAGUGAGCUUCAUGAGAUGCGUGCAUUAUGUAAUAUCAAAACCGGUGACCAAAUUAAGGGAAUAGAGGAACUUCGUGAAAGUGUCCAUAUGGUUAGCGACAAUCGUGAGGGAAUGCUUCGGGUGGCUAUGCUCAUGUACGACGCUGGACUUGCAGCCAGAUCCCUUGAGGAAAUUCGCAACUGCCUUCGGCUUGAUCCUGAUGAUAAGGGUUGCCGUGCUCACUAUACGAAAGUUAGAGUCUUGGCAAAGGCUAUUGAAGACGCACAAAAUAACGCUCAAUCUGAAAAGUGG